AUGACAACGUCUGAAGGUAGCGACUCGACCGGUGGAGAUAUCGUUUAUACUCCCCCUGGCACUGAGUCGCCUCUCCCUCCUCCAGGCACCUCUAAUCCCUCCGUGCGUCCCUCGAGCCCCUUGCGUCUGUCUUCCUUGCCCUCCAACAUUAAAAACGAGUUCCGAGCCGAUCGGCAACACGAACGAGUUCAUUUUGACCUAGACGACGAUCCUGAUCCCUCAGACGACGACGAGAUGUCGGAGAGACCUUCAAUGCACCGACCUACCGGGCCCCAGUCGCACGUACCUUUAUUGCAAGAAGAUAAACAGUCCAGUCGAGGGAGGCCAGAGAGUCCCAGUCACCAUGGAUCAAGCAGACCCCUUUUUGCUCCCCCAAGAAGUACGUUCCGAUCAAGAUCACCGACAUACACUCAGCCCGAGGAUAUGGUGCGCCGGAAAUAUAUCUACGCGACCUUCUUUCUCAUUCUCUCGCUCGUCUCCUUCGUCGUGCAAACCGAGACCGCUGUGUACAUACAACACGAAUUAAAAUGGAACAAAGCAUACUGUAUGAUGUACUUGACGCAUGGCUCCUGGGUGUUCCUAUGGCCUGUUCAACUUCUUGUAAUACGGAUACAGAAACGGAAAUUAUCCUGGUAUUCCUUCUGGCGCCGACACGUAUACCUUCUCCGCUCGACUGCUCAGAUGGUUCGGUCUCAAGAUCUCCACCUAUCCGCAGAAACCACCGCCACUUCUCCCUGGCCUUAUAUGUUCAAAACUACGGCCUUCAUCACCACAUUCCUCACCAUGGCCGGCGGAUCAUGGUAUGUGGCAGUCAACUUGACGUCGCCUUCUGACUUAACUGCGAUCUAUAAUUGCUCAGCCUUUUUCGCCUAUGUUUUUUCCAUCAUGCUUCUGAACGAUAAGCUACGCUUCGGCAAAGCCUUCUCUGUCGUCUUAGCGAUCAUUGGCGUUUUAGUUGUCGCGUACGGUGACAAAGAUGACUCUACCCCGGGCCCGGGAACCUCGAACCCCGGCGCGGAGAAAGGGUUUGGUACUAAACUCCUGGGUAACAUCAUCAUUGGUAUCGGUUCUGUGGCCUACGGCUUCUAUGAAGUGCUUUAUAAGCGCUUCGCUUGCCCGCCCGAAGGCACAUCUCCCGGCCGGGGCAUGAUUUUUGCCAACACCUUCGGCAGCAUGGUCGGACUUUUCACCUUGACAGUUCUCUGGAUCCCUCUCCCAGUCCUUCACAUUACGGGUUUGGAAACUUUCGAAGUCCCCACUGGCAAAGCCGCGAGUCUUCUUGCUGUCUCGACGCUUUCGAACGCCGUCUUCUCCGGAUCCUUCCUCGUUCUGAUGUCCCUUACUUCUCCUGUUCUCAGCUCUGUCGCCGCUCUUUUGACGAUUUUCCUGGUUGGAAUAACAGACUGGCUGAUCACCGGGAAACCGCUGAGUCCCGCCGCUCUUGCUGGAUGUGCAUUAAUCAUCAUUGCUUUUUGCAUGUUGACCUACGCCACGUACAGGGAGAUGAAGGAGGAGCAGAGGAAGAGAGAAAAGGAGUCGGACAAACCGUUUGAGGUUGAUGAAGACGACGAGGAUGAAGAUGAUGACCUAGACAGACCGACCAGGAGGAGAGUAAGUUAA